AUGCUCGAUACUAUCGUCACUUAUGCGCCCAACUGGACAUCAGACUUCACAUGGCUCUUAGUCGUGGCUUUCAUCUUUGCUUUCUGGGUUUCUUAUGGUAUGGGAGCUAAUGACUCCUGUAACGAUUGGGGUCCAGCUGUUGGAGCUGGUACUGUGAAGUUAUGGCAAGCUUACGUUCUUUGCGGAAUCUUCAACACCCUCGGAGCUGUUUUACUUGGUUACAAAGUAACUGAGACGUUGCGUUCCGGAAUUGUUGACCCAAGUAUUUUCGAUGUCUAUGCCGCAUACAACCAUUCUACAAACAGUUACCAAGUUGUGGAUCACUGUGGUAACGCUACACUAACUGCUGGAUAUCGUCCUCCAGCAAUCAGUAAUGACACCGUACCUGUGGAGUGCGCCAAAUACACUUCGGCUGAUUUUAUAGUUGGACAGACUGGUGCUAUGUGCGGAGUUGCAGCUUUCAUGGUUGUGUCAUCAAUUUAUAAAAUCCCAGUAUCUGCCACACAUGCCAUCGUCGGAGGUUCCUUGGCUGCUUCUCUUUACCUCAGAGGCAACGUUGGUAUCAACUGGUCAGAGGUCAUCAAUAUAGUGAUCUCCUGGUUCGUUUCUCCAGUUAUUGCUGGAAUCAUCUCUGCUGCCUUCUAUAUUGCUGUCAAGUUCACUGUACUCAUUCGUCCAGAUACUUUCAAGGCUGCUCUCCACGCUUGUCCAGUAUUUAUGAUGAUCACUUUAACCAUCAACCUUUAUGCCUGUAUCUUUGAUGGAUCUAAAUAUCUCGGAUUUGAUAAGCUUAACUCAUGGCAAGCAUUCUUAGUUUCCUUAGGUGCUGGAGUUCUUGGUUGGAUCGUUCUUACCUUCCCUCUCAAAAACUGGUUGAAAAACCGUGCCAACCGCUUGUUCAAUGAAGAGCAACGCAAGGAACAGAUAAGACUCGAGAAGGGUAUCGUAAAAGAGAAGCAAUCAAAGAAAGUCACAGACAUGAGAACACCAGAUGUCGAUUUGGAAACCGCCAAGAACCUCCCAUGGUACAAGUUCUUCUACUGCUCUGUACCAGAAGAACGUUUAACCACAAAGGUCUUCAAUGCUCUUCAAAUUGUUUCAUCAUCUAUGCUUUCGUUCACACAUGGUGCCAAUGAUACAGGAAACACAGUUGGACCCCUUCUUGCUGUUUGGUUGUGCUACCAAACCGGAUAUGCCUUCACCGCUGCUGAAACUAGAGAUGACUCUCAAAUUCUCUUAGCUUUUGGAGCUAUUGCUAUGAUCUUUGGUUUCGUUACUCUCGGACAUCGUACCAUCAAGCUCAUCGCUAAGGAAAUUACUGUAGAUAUGAGUCCAAUUUCUGGCUUCUGCAUUGAAGUUGGUACUGCUUUCACCGUACUCGUCUGUGUCAAACUAGGAAUCCCUGUUUCAUCUACUCACUGCGCUGUUGGAGCUGUAUUGUUCGUAGGACUGGCCAAGUCCACAAGCGAAGGAGUGUCGUUCGCUACCUUCCGGAAAAUCGUGAUUGUGUGGUUAUUGUGCUUCCCUGUUUCUGCCGUAAUAGGAGUUGCUACCACAAUGGUCCUCAUCCGUUUCGUCUAA